GAUAAUCGAAUUGCCGGAAGUCAGUUUUCGAUAUAAAUGUAACUUCCGUACCGGAUCGGCGUCGCACCGGGGUGACGCACGUGUUCAAGAAAGUAUUUAGACUGAGUUUAUAAGUUCAAUAAUAAGUGACAAUAAAGACAUAACUCAUAUGGGGAAACCAGGGUUUUCACCAGGGGGUGGUUUUAGAGGUAGAGGAGGAGGUGGCCGUGGAGGUGGCAGAGGUGGUGGUGGUGGUGGUGGUGGUGGGAGAGGUGGAGGCAGUAGUUUUGGAAGAGGAGGUGGUCGUAGAGGAGGUAGAGGAGGUGGAAGAGGUGGAGGUACUCCAAGAGGACGUGGUGGAAGAGGUGGUCGUGGAGGAGGAGGAGGAGGAUUCAAAGGAGGCAAGACUGUUAUUAUAGAACCUCAUCGUCACGAAGGUGUCUUUAUUGCUAGAGGAAAAGAAGACGCGUUAGUUACUUUAAAUCUGGUACCUGGUUCAGAAGUUUAUGGUGAAAAGAGAAUUAGCGUAGAGGGAGAAAAUGGUGAAAAGAUUGAAUACAGAGUAUGGAAUCCCUUUAGAUCUAAAUUGGCUGCUGCUAUUCUUGGAGGUGUAGAUCAGAUUCAUAUGCCUCCUGGAAGCAAAGUGUUGUAUUUAGGUGCUGCAUCGGGAACUACUGUUUCACAUGUUGCAGAUGUUGUUGGACCUGAAGGACUCGUAUAUGCGGUAGAAUUUUCACACAGAUCUGGAAGAGAUCUUAUAAAUGUAGCCAAGAAAAGGACAAAUAUUAUUCCUAUAAUAGAAGAUGCUAGGCAUCCUCAUAAAUACAGGAUGCUUAUGGGAAUGGUAGACACGAUAUUUGCAGACGUAGCACAGCCAGAUCAAGCUAGAAUAGUAGCCUUAAAUGCUCAGUAUUUUCUUAAAAAUGGAGGUCAUUUUGUUAUUUCUAUUAAGGCAAGCUGCAUAGAUUCGACUGCUCAACCAGAAGCAGUUUUUGCAUCAGAAGUGAAGAAACUCAUAGCCGAUAAAUUAAAACCACAGGAACAAAUUACACUAGAACCUUAUGAGAGGGACCAUGCUGUAGUAGUUGGUGUGUUUAGGCCACCACCUAAAAAGUCCAUUUAAAUUUAUGUAUAAAUGCAUCUUAUGUUUACAGUUAUUCUUAAAUUCAAUGGAAACAUAUUCCACAAUUUUUUAUUACAUCCAAUUAAAAGAUCAAUCAUACAGAUGGUGUGCAAUUUGUACACAAAAGAAAAUAGUUUUAUAAUGUUAUUUUAAGAUAUUGGAUAAAGUUUGUUACUAUCAUAGAAAUGAUGCAUUAAGAGAAUGUUUAUUACUAUAGAUAAAUCUUUCCUACUUUUAUUUUUAUCAAGAAUUCGAACGUUGAUGUGUAAUAUAAUGUACAAAUAAGCUGAAUUAUUCUGAUGGUUUGAUAUAAAAGUAAUUUUUUAUAUCAAAAUACAAUUCUUUUGGCUACAGUGUACAGUUACAGAAUGGCUAAACUUAGAAUUAUUAUAUGAAUUAUCUAAGAUAAUAUUAACAUUUUACAUCUGCAACAACAAUUUUGAAUUAUAUCUUUCUUAAAAAAUAUAUAAAGUAGAUAAGAA